UUGACACAUGAUUUUGAAAAGUGACAGCCACUGUCAGUGUCGUGGCAACGUGCCUGCCUUUGGCUCUGUAGAUUAUUCAUCCUUCAAUAGUUUUAGUUUCCUCUUAUGAGGAAGAAAGUAUUUCUGAAUAUUGAUUACUGAAUAAAGUAGCAGUGUAAUGGCGACGUUAGAUCGUAAAGGCACCUUUAAGGUGGAAUAUCUUCAAGAUAUUGAGAGAAAAGUGCAAGCAAAAUGGGAUAGUGAGAAAAUAUUCGAAAUGGAAGUACCUAAUGACGGGAAGCCACAUGAAAAAUUCAUGUGUACAUUUCCUUAUCCGUACAUGAAUGGACGCUUGCACCUGGGUCAUACAUUCUCACUAUCAAAGUGUGAGUUUGCUUCAAGGUACUAUAGACUGAAAGGUAGAAAGGUGCUAUUCCCUUUUGGCUUCCAUUGUACUGGCAUGCCAAUAAAAGCUUGUGCUGACAAGUUGAAAAGAGAAAUGGCACUCUAUGGUUGCCCACCAGUAUUCCCUGAAGAAGAAGAGGUUGCUGUCAAGGAGGAAGGUGACAUUGUCCCUAAAGACAAAAGUAAGGGUAAGAAAAGUAAAGCAGUGGCAAAGACAGGUGGUGCUAAGUACCAAUGGCAGAUCAUGCAGAGUAUUGGAGUUCCUGAUGAGGAAAUCAAACUCUUUGCUGAUGAGAGCCACUGGCUGGAAUAUUUCCCUCCCUUAGCUGUUGCUGAUUUAAAAAGAAUGGGUAUUCAUGUGGACUGGCGUCGUAAAUUCAUUACUACUGAUGCAAAUCCCUUCUAUGAUUCCUUCAUUAGAUGGCAGUUCUACCAUCUCAAAGAACGUAAUAAGAUCAUGUAUGGCAAACGGUACACCAUAUUCUCCCCUCUGGACAAACAACCUUGUAUGGACCAUGACAGAAGCACAGGAGAGGGAGCUGGGCCUCAAGAGUACACACUCCUUAAAAUGGCAGUGGUUGAACCAUUCCCUGAAGCUCUCAAGCCUCUAAAGAGCAAGAAGGUUAGUCUAGUUGCAGCAACACUAAGACCAGAAACAAUGUAUGGACAAACCAACUGCUGGGUACAUCCUGAUAUCAAGUACAUUGCUUUUGAAACAGUCAAUGAUGGCAUAUUUAUUUGCACUAGAAGAGCUGCCAGAAAUAUGGCAUACCAAGGCUUUACGGAAAAAGAUGGAGAAUUUAAAGUAUUAUUAGAAGUUGUAGGACAAGAUCUAAUGGGAACUGUUUUAAAAUCACCAUUUACUUGUUAUCCUAAGAUUUAUGCUCUCCCUAUGUUGACUAUCAAAGAAGAUAAGGGUACUGGCAUCGUUACCAGUGUACCCUCAGACUCUCCUGAUGACUAUGCGGCACUUGUGGACUUACAAAAGAAACCAGCUUUCAGAGAAAAGUAUGGAAUCACUGAUGAUAUGGUUCUGCCAUACAAACCUGUGCCCAUACUUGAAAUACCUGAAUAUGGCAACUUGUCUGCUGUACAUGUGUAUGAUAUGCUUAAAAUCCAAAGUCAAAAUGACAAGGAUAAGUUAACUCAAGCCAAAGAGAUGGUGUACCUGAAAGGUUUCUAUGAUGGUGUGUUACUUGUUGGAGAAUAUAAAGGAAAGAAAAUUCAGGAUGUUAAAAAGAAUCUGCAAACUAAGCUUGUUGAAGAAAAGGGUGCAGUGAUUUAUUAUGAGCCAGAAAAGACUAUUAUUUCUCGGUCAGGGGAUGAAUGUGUUGUGGCUUUGUGUAAUCAAUGGUAUUUGGAUUAUGGUAAUGAGGAGUGGAAGAGUCAGGUAGAGAAGGCUCUAGGUGCUAUGAAUACUUAUCAUGAUGAGGUCAGGAAGAACUUCCAAGCUACACUGAAGUGGCUACAUGAGUAUGCUUGCUCCAGGACAUACGGUUUAGGAACAAAACUGCCCUGGGAUCAGCAAUGGUUGAUUGAAUCUCUAUCAGACUCAACUAUUUACAAUGCGUACUACACUAUCGCGCAUUUCCUGCAAGGCGAUACUUUUAGAGGCAACAAAGAGAAUGCUCUCAAAAUUAAACCAGAAGACAUGACUAUGGCAGUUUGGGAUUACAUCUUUUUCAAAGAAGCACCUGUUCCGAAAAAUACGAAAAUUCCCAAGGCCUCUUUAGAUCUUAUGAAGAAGUCUUUCCAAUUUUGGUACCCAGUUGAUCUCCGAGUCUCAGGAAAGGAUCUCAUUCAGAACCACUUAACAUUCUACAUUUACAACCACUGCGCUAUUUGGCCCAAAGAGGAGGACAAGUGGCCCAAAGGCAUUAGGGCUAAUGGUCACUUAAUGUUGAACUCUGCCAAAAUGUCCAAGUCUGAUGGAAACUUCUUGACUUUAACGGAGUCUAUUGAUAAGUUCAGUGCGGAUGGAAUGCGUCUUACUUUAGCUGAUGCUGGAGAUUCAGUGGAAGACGCGAACUUUGUUGAGAACACUGCAGAUGCGGCUAUAUUGAGGCUGUAUACCUUUAUCGAAUGGGUUAAGGAGAUUAUUGCAACCAAAUCUACUUUACGCACAGGAGAGCACAAUUUCCACGAUAAAGUAUUCGUAAGCGAAAUGAACACUAAGAUCAACCAAACCGAUGAAAACUACAACAAGAUGUUGUUCAAAGAGGCUCUAAAGACUGGUUUCUUCGAGCUUCAGGCCGCCAGAGACAAGUAUAGGGAGUUGUGUUCGGAAGCAGGCAUGCAUGCGGAACUCGUGACGAGGUAUAUUGAGACGCAGGCUAAGCUGAUGUCGCCGAUAUGUCCGCAUGUCGCUGAACAUGUGUGGGAACUGUUGGGCAAUAAAACAAGCAUUCUACACGAGCUGUGGCCAGUGGCGGGAGAAAUCGAUGAGGUUUCAAUCAAAGCCAGUAACUAUUUGAUGGACGCGGCCCAUUCGUUCCGAAUCUACUUGAAGAACCACUGUGCAGUCAAGAAACCCAAGAAGGGAGAAACGCCAAAACCAGAGAAGAAACCUAAUCAAGCUGUUAUCUGGGUAGCUAAGGAGUAUCCCAAGUGGCAGCAUAUUAUUUUGACUACUCUCAAGGAAAUUAAUGGGCCGAACGGACUCCCCGACAACAAGAUAAUUUCCAGCAAGUUGGGCGCGAUCCCCGAGCUCAAGAAGUACAUGAAGCGAGUGAUGCCUUUCGUACAAGCCACCAGAGAAAACAUGGAGCGUAUCGGUAUUGAGGCCCUGUCGGUCGGCCUGCCGUUUGAUGAAGCCGCCAUUUUGUUGGAGAAUAAACCCUAUUUACUGAAUACUUUGGAUCUGGACUCAAUAGAAGUCAAGUUCACCGACGAUUCUGAAGCCCCUGAGAAGACGCGAGAGGACUGCGCUCCGGGUCAACCACACGUCUCAUUCAGUGUUGCCAGCGGUGUUGACACUACGUUCAUCAAUCCGAUCGCUUUGAACGGACUGUUCACUGUCACUGCUACUGUGUCCGAUGGAGAUACUGUCGAAAGAGUCAAGGUUAAGAUUGCUAAGGAAGUUAAGGCGAUUAAAGAUCUCAGCAGUCUAAAGCUGUGGAGGUACAAAGAUCCCGUGCUCGGCCCCCGAUCGAUUCCCGUCCCCGGAGACCAUGAAAACAAAUGCGUAGUCCUAGACAAUGCUUCGAUAUUAAAAGUAGACCUGACUGCAGCCACCGUGGAAUUAGUCUCCAAUGGAACAAACCUGCCUGUGGGCAAGCAAAUGAUUUAUACAUAUGAGAAAUAGUUGUUUUCAUAUAAGAAUAAAUUAUUUAUUGA